AUGUGGAUGACGGAAAUUGCUCGGAUAUUGAAUGGAAGCGGGGUUAAAAUGUUGUGCUGUCCGUUUUCAGAACCGUUUGUUGCGGUGGAUUUCAAAGAUAUUUCGAUGGAGAAGGUUUCCGCUGCAGGCAACAGCCGCGCCCUGUUUCAACUGACUCUAUCAACCUGUCAAAAUAAGACAGGUAUCAGAGAAAUGGUAUGGGAAAAGUCGAAAGGGCAACUCACUCCACCAAUCGUCGUCUUGAGCGAUGGGCCAAACACUUCAAAGAACACUUCAACACAACCGCCGGCAGAUCCAAAAGUCAGGCGUGAGAUAUCAAUCCUCAAGCACGAUAAGACACUUGUCUCACAUAAUAUUCACCCGGCACUCUUCAAGGAAGGUGGUGAGGUCCUCGUGAACAGUUUGGUAACCAUAGUGCAAGAACGUCAUGCGAAAACCAUCGUAGCACCAGCCUGUUAUCCGUCGGAUCUAAGUUCCUCUCUGGCAUUGUUUUGUUCUGUUCUUUGUCCUAUUAUGGAACACAAUACCAAAACUAAUCGUCGCCGUCCACAUGAUCAUCCGGAAUUGACCGCUGAUGUAACACAAUCCAAGCGAAGGCGUAAGCGCGAAGUUGAACUGGACCAUUCUGACUCCGUAUUGAUCGUCGGCGAAACCCAUCCUAACGGGGAUGUUCGAAUCAACUCCUCCAAACGAAUGAUCCCCAAUGGUGCAUGUCCCCUUCCUGGAACCCAUGGAACCGGUGGGCGAUGUGCCGGGCCAGGCCCAAGCCGCGGGAAAGAGAGAGUUCCUAAUGGUGUUCAACCUCGUGGGGACACACAUUCCUCACAUAUUCCCACUCUUCCACCGAACCCGCGUGAAUCCGAACGAAUGUUGUUCGUCCAACAAUGGAUCAACAAUAUCCGACCAGACCUACCCUUGUGGGUACAAACCUCCUUGACCCAGAUUGUUCCCAUUACGAAUCCAACCUAUUAUCCUACAGAAGAGGAUCCGAUGGGCCCGUCGGAACUAACUCAUGAAGGAAAGCGGGCAGCUAGUGAUGUCACUCGGCUGUCUCCUCCAGAGCAGCUUACUGUACGGAGUGGUGCUUCGUCAAAUCAUAUGUCGCAGUCGUAUGAUUAUCAUACCAAACACCUUGCUCCCCACGUGGCUUCCUCAUCGGCAAACGCAAUCGGUAUGCUUGGCCCACGUUAUCCAAACGCCACAGGAGCCGCUUCAUCGACUGCCGCCGGCAACGGACCUCUUUUGGCUUCGCUUUCCAAUUACCAUUCUCAUCAUCUGAACAUGAACGGACAGUCAUUCCGAACACCAAACGGUCAGAACCAUGCAACUGGUGUAGGAAAUCACCGUACCCAUCUGGCCUUCCACCACAACUCCCUUGAACUGCUGAAAAACUGUUCAACUACCAUGGAUGCGCAUGCACAGGAUGGUUGUACUGCUCCAGUUGGACGACUUUUUGAUGACUUCGAGACGCGAUUAGUUGUGAAGCUUUUCCGCGACUACUUCACCAAGGGGAGUUGCCCCGUGCUCAACGAAGUUCGGCAACGGACUGCGAACACCGUGCUUGCUGGCCGUCGAACAGCGACCAGCAUACGAGCCAAAAUCAAACGACUCCAGACCAGUGGCCGGUGGACCGACUACACAGGAAUAUGACACAUCCGAUCGCUGGAACCAUCAUCAACCACGCGCUUUCAUCAGUGGGGUAUACCGCUUCACAAACCCUUUGUUGAAAAGCUUCCCUCCCUUUCUGUGCUUCCUUUUCAUGUCCAAACAUGCACAUGCGCGUAUGGUACCAUAUUUGUACAGUUCAUUUCGUUUGGUUGAUGGUUUUCAUUUAUGUUUACCGCUUCAGCUCCAUUUUUAUCAUGUCAGUGUUUUCUGUCCACCGACUCCAGGUCUGGGGGUUUCAAUGAUGAAUUGUCGUUCGCCCUCGAAAAUGCCUGACCAUCAGCGCCGGCCAUGUGGUUUUCUCGUCCCACGCUCCCCGAGUUUUCUGCUCAAUCGUUCCGGUGGUUUCCUUGGCUUUUCUGUAAACCUCAAUCGCAGUUGCAUUUUUAUCACAACUACGACCUCGUCCUCAAAUGUUUCAGCUGGCAUUCCGCGCCUCACUCUGACGCAUUGAUCUCAAUAUUCCAUUUUAUGGACAGUAUUUCCCAUGUCUGCUCCAACUAUCUAUUAGUUUGACGUUCUGCAUUUUGUUCUCAACACAUCACUUUCCUAGUGUUUCCAACCUAGUCACAGACGUUAACUACACUUUAUGUGCCUCGCAGUGCUGUUGGCAACUUAAUCGUGGGGUCACUGCGCAAUUCUGUUACGCCUUUACCGGGUCCACAAGGAUACAUACUUCUUGAUCAAGACAUUCUCCGCAUCGUCGAUUCUUCACCAUUUUUUGCUGCUUAUCAAACUUCUACCGCUCCUUUUGUUUGUGUUGCAAUCUUCUCUUAUCCUUGCGUUGUAUUGUUCCUUUGCUUCCUCUUUCUUACACAAUAAGGGGACAAAUGAACUUAAUUGAGAUUUUGUGCCUCUGUCGAGCGAUCUCUCUCCAUCUGAAUUGAGC